UAUCAGUUUUACCAGCUGCGUUUGUUAUUAAACGAGUGGUCCAGAAGAGUCCGUCAGAGCGUCGGUGCAGGAUGAAGGAAGAGUGAGGGACACUCACAGGUCACCUGACGGCCGUCACGCGACCAUAAAAGACAGCGGACACGUUGGGUUCAGAAAAGCCUUUGCGGCCCUCACGGUCCCCUCAACGGCGACCACGAGUUUGACCACUCAUUUUUAUUUUUUUUUGGAUAAGAGCGUCACUGACUUGGAGAGUAUGCUGUUUUGGCACAGCCAUCCUGAAACCUAUCAACAACACUCGCAAACUAAUUAUAUAAGAGAUGCUCUUGCUCCGUUUCUCAAGCAUGAAGAGGAGCAGCAGUCCGCGGAGAUCCGAGUGUCUCCUUUUCAUUAUGUGCUUUGUGCAGCCACAUCUCCAGCUGUGAAACUCCAGGACGAAACACUCACAUAUCUCAAUCAAGGUCAGUCCUAUGAAAUCCGUAUGCUUAACAGGAAACUAGUGGAGUAUACAGAUAUAAGCAGUAAAUAUGUAAAGAGCAUAGUGCGAGUAGUUUUUCACGACCGACGGCUGCAGUACACAGAGCAUCAGCAGCUGGAGGGAUGGAGGUGGAACCGACCAGGAGACAGAAUCUUGGAUAUAGAUAUCCCGUUGUCAGCAGGCAUAAUGGAGCCACGGGCCCACCCACUGCAGCUCAACACCAUAGAGUUUCUCUGGGAUCCUGACAAAAAUGCCUCUGUGUUCAUUCAGGUAAACUGCAUUAGCACUGAGUUCACUCCUAGAAAACAUGGAGGAGAGAAGGGCGUCCCCUUUCGCAUUCAGAUAGACACCUUCGCAGCUGGUGUGCACGGAGAAUACACUGAACACAUGCGCUCCGCCAGCUGUCAGGUCAAAGUCUUCAAGCCAAAAGGUGCAGAUCGCAAACUCAAGACUGACAGAGAAAAGAUUGAGAAAAAGAGUCCUCAGGAUAGAGAAAAAUAUCAACCAUCCUAUAAAACGACAGUGCUGACUGAGUGCUCCCCUUGGCCUGAAGCCCCAUCUGUCAGCAGAACGAGCAACACUCCAUCUCCUGGUUAUCACAGUGCUCACACGUCCUACAGCUUCCCAGAGGAAAACUGCUCUCCAGACCAGCAGGGGGAGCUACUUUUGCCCAGCUGCUCUGAUCACCUGUUGCCAUCGUUCUCCAUGCAGGACACGCAGCAGUGGCUCCAUCGUAAUAGGUUCUCCUCUUUCUGCAGGCUCUUCUCUGGCUUCUCAGGUUCUGAUCUGCUGAAAAUGGGAAGAGAAGACUUUAUUCAGAUCUGUGGUCCUGCUGACGGCAUCCGUCUUUUCAAUGCAAUCAAAGGACGGUGUAUACAACCUCGUCUCACUGUCUAUGUAUCCCAGCUACAGAACAGGAACCAACUGCACACCAAAGCAGUGGGUGAUGAUGUGUACCAUGCUCUCUACCUAGAGGACCUAACUGUCCUUGAGCUCACUGAGAAGAUAGCCAAUCUAUAUAAUGUUCCCUCACAGCAAAUCCGUCGCAUAUACAGACAGGGGCCGACGGGGAUCCACGUCUUGGUUUCAGAUGAGAUGGUGCAGAACUUUACAGAAGAGACCAGCUUCAUUAUCAGCACUAUGAAAGAUGAAAGUAAUGAUGGCUACCAUGUUGUACUGAAGUGACCGGAGACUACUGGAGCAUUACAGGUGCCUUUAGCAAAUUUUCACAAUACUGGACUGUUUAAGUUAAAUAUCACCUGGUGGAAUGUGAACCGAAUGAAUGUGGAUAAUUUUUGUAUGAUGUAGAUGACUGUUCUGUAUUUUAAAGUAAAACUUUUUCUUGUAACUAAUUAAAAUAUUAUUUUAUAUUUUAUGUAAGUCAUGUCCAGUUUAUACAUUUCUGUUUAAAAUUAUUUUUAUUACAAUUAAAGUGUUAUUGUGGCAUUCUACUUUUUAAACCAUCAUCAGACUUUCUUUUUCUUUUUUUUUUCUUUUCUUUUUUUAUUAUUAGAUAUGAAAUGUGACCCUGGACGACAAAACCAGUCUUAAGUGUCAAUUUUUUUUCGAAAUUGAGAUUUAUACAUCACCUACAGCUGAAUAAAUAAGAUUUCCAUUGAUGUAUGGUUUGUUAGGAUCGGACAAUAUUUGGCCGAGAUACAACUAUUUGAAAAUCUGGAAUCUGAGGGUGCAAAAAAAAUCAAAAUAUUGAGAAAAACACCUUUAAAUUUGUCCAAAUGAAGUUCUCAGCAAUGCAUAUUACUAAUCAAAAAUUAAGUUUUGAACCAUUUACGGUAAUAAAUUUACAAAAUAUCUUCAUGGAACAUGAUCUUUACUUAAUAUCCUAAUGAUUUUUGGCAUAAAAGAAAAAUCUAUAAUUUUGACCCAUACAAUAUAUUUUUGGCUAUUGCUACAAAUAUACCUCAGCGACUUAAGACUGGUUUUGUGGUCCAGGGUCACAAAUAUCAAAAACAUGAUUUAAGAUGCAGACGGCCUUAACCAAAAAAAAAAGAAAUCUUAUAUUUGUUUAUAUUUAAUGUAAUGAUUUUUAUGUGAUAUGUUUCUAAAAAUAAUAAUAAUUAUAUACUUGGCCAUUUAUAAAAUAGAUAUUGGUGUUACCUAAUAUUAAUGUCACUAUUGUACACAAACAUGGAUUUUAUAGCUCUCUAAAUAAUUGCUAGCAGAAAAUAAUCUCUCAAUAAUGUUGGAGUGAAUUGGUUCUUUUGUUCAUCACAGACUGAAGAUAUCAAAAUAAAGUCAUUGCUCAGGA